AUGGCAGACUCAUACACUCUCCUAUCAUUGACACCGAACGAGCAGGCGCUCGCCCUCACACUCCCGGCAUCUGCUUCUGGUUCGCCUCAAGUUGAUGUCACUUACUCUGAAUUGCGAGUCCUUGUUCUUGAAUUACGCAACUUGCUCCGGAAUGAAGGUGUUGCUGCCGGAGACAUCGUCGCGAUGAGCCUCGUCAAUAGCUUGGAGUUUGUAGUUGGAUUUCUUGCUACCGGUGCUGCUCGUGCUAUUUCUGCGCCCCUCAACCCGGCCUAUUCCGUUUCCGAGUUCAACUUUUAUCUGGAAGAUACGAAACCUCGAGUGGUUUUGCUUCCCCGUGAUUCAUCCAAAACAGCUCCCCUUGCACUCGAGUCAGCCAGGAAAUGCAAUGUGAAUGCAUUGGAGCUUUGGAUUCAAGCCGGGAGACCCUACGUCAAGUUGGUGUUCGAAGCUAUAAAAAGUGGUAAAACAGUAAAGCAGAGCCUUGAUAACGAGCCGCCCCACGGAGAUGAUGUUGCCUUGGUACUCCAUACAUCUGGCACAACAGGGCGGCCCAAGUCCGUACCACUCACACACGCAAACCUCCUUCGAACAACAACCAACAUUAUACACACUUAUAAACUUACCCCAAAAGACAGGUCAUACCUCGUCAUGCCACUAUUUCACGUCCAUGGCUUACUGUGCGGGCUACUCUCGCCCUUGGCGAGCCGAGGCAGCGUAGUGAUACGACCAAAGUUUGCGGCCUCCAGGUUUUGGAGUGAUUUUAUCACUACUAAAUGCAACUGGUAUACAGCCGUGCCAACUAUACACCAAAUACUGUUAUCAACCCCGCUUCCUUCAACUGUUCCCAAAAUUAGGUUCAUCCGGUCGUGUUCGUCGGCGCUUGCUCCUGCAACACUCGAGCGCUUGGAAAAGGCCUUUGGGGCCCCAGUACUUGAAGCGUAUGCGAUGACAGAAGCGAGCCAUCAAAUGUGCUCCAACACAUUUGAAUGCCGCAUACCUGGUACAGUAGGAGUGGGGGUAGGGGUAGAAGUCAGUGUACGAGACGAGUCGGGAAAGCAAGUCAAACGCGGACAGAUAGGCGAGAUUUGCGUAAGGGGACCAAACGUGACUAAGGGAUAUUGGAAUAACGAGAAAGCAAACAAAGAGAGCUUUUGGGAGGGAAGGUGGUUCCGAACUGGUGACCAAGGCCUCAUACUCCCCGAGCCCUCAGCACCACACCUCAAACUUACUGGUCGUAUCAAAGAGCUUAUCAACCGUGGAGGCGAAAAAAUUGCACCAGCAGAAGUUGAUGCUGCCUUACUCUCCGUUCCAGGAAUACACGAAGCAGUGACCUUUGGGGUGCCCGACCAAAAGUAUGGCGAAGUCGUAUGGGCCGCGGUGGUCCUGGACUCAGGGGACAAGGGCACCGGGAAAGAGGAAGGCGAAAGGAUCAAGCGAGUAUUGCAGGGAAAAAUAUCCAAGUUCAAAAUCCCAGAGAGGAUUGUCAUUACGCAAAGCAUUCCGAAGACUGCCACUGGCAAGGUGCAAAGGCGCCACGACAACGGAACCAAGAAUGCAACCACAGACAGCGGCACACGACCUACAGAGGGGAUAUAUUAUCUACGCCAGGUCAUCCCAAACCGUAACAUGGGGGUGGGCGGUAUGUAUGCAACCCGAAACGAGUUCGGUGAACAGAUACAAAUGGCUGCGUUGGUACCCUCCACGUUCAACGAUCGCGACUGGAAAAUCGAGCGUGCUGGAAAUAACACGUUUUACAUUGAAAAUGCACAAAAGUACCCUCCCGGUGUUCAACUCACUGGAUUUCACAACACUGGCUUAGAGAACGAUGCAUCCGUCCUUCUGGACCAACCGAGAGAGUUCACCAUUCAGCCUGUAGGCGACGGUGUCGUGUUUGGAGAGAACGUGUACAUUAUCCGCCCGUAUCCAGCCGGUGAGCAAAUCGGAAUGGAUGUUUGUGUUGGGGUAGAAGAAAGAGGGGUCGUGAUCAAAGCGGUCCCUGCUGAUGCGCCUCUAGAGGCGCGUCCCGCGUGGUACUUCUCCCGGCGGCACGAUCUCGAAGAUGCGUCAUGA